UUCUGCAUAUAACAUUCCAUUUGCUGCCGUUUUAAUAAUAAUAAUUAUUAUUAUAUAGAUAUUCAACGAUAUAAAAGUAAUACUACCGUAUGUACCUACGCUAAUGUAGUACAACAGCACUAACUACACAGUACACCGUUUGCACGGAAAUCAAUCAGCAUUCUGCUGCUGCUGCUGCUGCUGCAAUCAUUUUGUGUGUUUCACUGUUUAGUCACUUUGGUGGAUUUUUCGAUUUUGUCACGUUCUUGAUUAACGAACCUAUUAUAUUAUAAUAUUAGAAAUAUCUUUUGCUGGUUUUUCGUUAUUGCAGGGACAGUAGAGGUGUGCACAGUUCAUUUGUGAGAGGGAUUUGAUGGCUGUGCGCUGAGUCGCUGAUAGUCAUUUGACGUGGAUGGUUCUCCGUUGGGUGCAUUAUUUGUAUGAAGGAAUUGGGAAGUGUAACUGCUUGGCAGUAGCUGUUGGUAGCGAUCUGGAUGGAGUGCCCGCCCGACAAGUGCAGCACGAAGCGGGCAGCAGGGAAUAGCAUGGCCCGGAGCAGCGGGGCCCCGUCCGUCAACCGCGACUACCUGUCAGUGUCGGGCAAGUUCGCCUCGGAGCUGCGCAAGGCCCGCACUCGCAGCCGCGAACUGCACCAGACGGCCCCCAACCCCGGCCACUGUGAUCGCCCCUCCAAAUGCGCCGCCCCUGCCAAGCCCUGCGCCCAGGUGCUCAAGUCCAACCUGCCCGCUUCCUCCGACAACUCCUCCUGCGAGCGCAGCAAGGCCUCCUGCCGCACCCGGAACCUCAGCCCCUGCAGUUCCCGGGGCUGUGCAGCCGCAGCAGCGCCCGCGGCGGGUGACCAGCGGGCGCGCAUGCCAACCGCCCCGGACGCCUGCCGCGGCCAGCUGCAGUCGGCGACGCGCGAUAACUGCGCCAAGGCCAUUGCCAGUACGCUGCGCAAGGCCCGCCACUCCCCGCUGAACGACACCGAGAACUGCGGACUGCCGGGACUGGUCAAGCCGAAGGGCAACAACGCCCUGCAGGAGCUGGAGGACAAGGUGGACUUUCUCAACUGCCAGGCCCAACAGCUGCUGAAGCAGUUGAAGCGCGAGCAGGUUGAGCGCGAACGCAUGGCCGAGCAGUACGACGAGGCGCUGGAGGAGAUCCGGCGACUGCGCGACCGCGAGCGCCACCCCAACGCGGACGCCGAGGCGCGCCUGCGCCGACUGGAGUGCGAGCGCGACGAGGCCACGGCUAAGAUGCGCUCUGCCCAGGUGGACAGCGAGGAGUCCAAGUGCAAGCUGGAUCGCUUGACGGACGACAGCUGUCGCGAACGGCAGCGUCUGCUGGACAAGAUCGCCACGCUGGAGCAGCGCAUGCACGGCCGCGAGGCCGAGCAGGAGGAGUUGUCGCGCCGGCACACGCGCACGCUGGAGACCCUGGCCAAGAUGGAGACGCAGGCGGACGAGCAGAAGACGAAGAUCCUGGUGCUGGAGGAUCAGAAGCAGGAGCUGCUCAAGCAGCUGGACAAUCUGGGGCUGUUCGUGAAGGAUCUGGAGGCCAGCAGCAAGCAGCUGCACGAGCGACUGGACGAGAAGCGCUACGAGGUGCACGCGGCGCGCGAACGGACCACCGAGCUGGAGGAGCUGCUGGGCCGCGUGGACCAACACCUGCUGCAUGAGCGGGAGCGCAGUGUGCAGCUGCAGAACGACGCCUACCAGGCGCAGCUCAGCGGCCAGCAACUCCGCACCGAACUGCGCAACCUCCUCAAGAAGAAGCCCAAGACCGACUGCAAGUGAACUGCUCUUUCUUUCUUGUUACCCUAUUUCCGGUCGUUUUUGUUCCUUUCCAUUGCCUUGCUCAUUCCUUUCACGGAGCCUGUUGUUACGGGGAAAGUGGGCGUCUGUGUGUAAAUAGGGAAUUAAAUGUAAUUGAAAUGGAUUGGCGCAGCGUGGCGGGCUGCAUGGCGGAAAUG